AUGCGGCUGCUGCCGGUGCUGCGGCUGCGGCUCUGUCCCGGGGCGAGCGGGGCGGCGGGGCCGAGUACCGGGUACCGGCAGGGGCAGCGGCCGGGGCCGCGCACCCGCGAGUACUUCUACUACCUCGACCACCAGGGACAGCUUUUUCUGGAUGACACCAAAGUCAAGAACUUCAUCACCUGCUUCAAAGACGUAGGGUUCCUCGCCUUCUUCUUCAAGCAGCUGGAGCGGAACCGGAGCGGCCGUUACGAAGCCGAAUUCCCUUUCCUCUCGCCCUGCGGUCGGGAACGGAAUUUCCUCCGGUGCGAGGAUCGUCCCGUCGUCUUCACCCAACUCCUGCCGGGCUCCGGCGAGAGCCGGCUCCUCUCCUACUGUGGCGGCGGCGAGCGCCUGGCCGUGCCCUUCCAACCGGAGAGUUUGGUGAUGUUGCCGGAAAACGGGCGGCUCUAUCAUCCGGCGCCGGCGAAAGCGGGUGGCGUGGGUUUGGUGCGUUCGGCGUUGGCUUUCGAGUGGAGCCCCUGCUUCGAGUACGGUCGGGGGCCGGCGCAGCCCCCCACUCAUUUUAUCUGGGAAGGGCGGCGCUACCAGCUCACCGAGGAAUUGCUGCCACUGCUCCGCACCGGCGGAGCCGGCUGUGCCGAGGAAUCCCCGUCUGUCCCCGUCACCCCGUGCCAGGGCUGAGUUGGGGAUCCCCAGCCGUCCCCGUCACCCCUGCGCCGAUGGGAUGGGGCUGAACCGGGGACCCCCCGGCCGUCCCCAUCACCCCCACACCGAUGGGAAAACCGGUGGCAGAGCCCAGCACCGGCUCACCGCGGCGGCGUGGGUGCUGCAACGGCGGCACAAGUGCUGCCGCAGCGGCCGGAACCCCUAUUAGUCUGUGA